CUUCUCUUGUUGUAAACCGUGACCACCACAACCGCCGGAAAACUGAACAAAUGUGAAAAAAAUGGCAUCAUCAGCGUCGCACGAGCAAGCUAUAGCCACCGUAUUAUCGCAAAUAGCUCUCUCCUUCGACGGAGCAUUUCUCGGCGUAACACUCGCGUUUGUAGCCGUCCGAUCACUUACUAAUUACACUGCCCGUUCCAAAGCUCUUCGAAAAAUCAGAAACGCCCCGACCGUUAAAGUUUCCGAUCUUCGCUCUCUCCUCGAACUUCCUCCUCCUCCUCAGCCGUCCGAUGAGAACAAUUCGAAUAAUCUUGUUAAAGGUCAAACGCUUGUGAUUUUGCGCGGACAGGUGGAGGCUAAAUCAUCCGUUGAUGGAAAUUGGAAGAGUUUUAGACCUAAUGGUGUUUUGGUUGCUCAUGAGUCCGGUGAUAAGGCGGUUAUUGUACAGAGAGUUCAAACUUGUAUUUACAAUGAAUGGAAGGGCUUAUUUGGGUGGAAUGCCGAUUUUCGAGCUAUACUUACAAGAAGUCGAAGAGAACGAGAAUCAACUGUGUCGAGAAUGGUUCCUUUCGUUCUUGUUGAAGACGCUCGAUGGCCUCAAUCCGAAUAUGUUUUUGUGAAUAUGGAUGGUUCGACACAUCCUCUGCCUCUCACAACAGUUUAUCAUCAAUUGAAACCUGUUGAUCCUUCGCCUUAUACUUUCCUUCAAGCACUUUUUGGUCAUGAAUACCCUGUUGGCCUACUUGAUGAGGAGAAAAUCCUACCAUUGGGUAAAGAAAUCAAUGCUGUUGGGGUUUGCAGUUCUAACAAUGGGUCUCUUGAGAUAAAAUCUUGCAAGGAUCUUCACUUUUUUCUAUCAAACAUGACUAAGGAGCAAAUGAUAGACCAUCUUGCCUUGAGGGCAAAAGUACUUUUGUGGAGCGGUAUAAUUCUUGGAUCAGCUGCAAUUUGCAUUCUUGGCUAUGCGGCAGUGAGGAAUUGGAAUAGAUUUAAAGCAUGGAGGCAAGAAAGACAGGUACGACGAGAACAACAAAACCGUUCUCUUACCGAUACGGAUGACCCUCAGAUUGAUGCAGAGGAUGAAACAGAUAAUGUACCGGAUGGACAGCUGUGUGUGAUUUGCUUGAUGAGGCGAAAACGCUCUGCGUUCAUUCCAUGCGGUCACCUUGUUUGUUGCCAACUCUGUGCAAUAGCAGUUGAACGUGAGGUAUCACCGAAGUGUCCUCUCUGCCGACAGGCAGUCAGAAAUUCGAUGAGGAUAUUUGACUGUUGAGAAGGAAGAGUUACGGUUUCCUUUUAGGACAGGCAAAUGGUCUGAAGAAAGCUGUAAUAGAUAUUUGUAUAGCGGACAUCUUUUUACAGAAUGAUCACCAAUUGUGCAACUUUUUGUUGCUUAGUGGAAAUUUCAAUCUUAUGAUCUUCA